UUUGAAGUUGAUGUUUGUUGGUUAGAUCUCGUAUUUUUAGAUCAUUUAAUUCGUAUGACUCUCUUGUUUUUAUUUAUAUACAGAUAUACAGAAUUCAAGAAUUAUGUUAUAUAUUGAGAGUGCAAAUCAAAAUAUGGAAGCUACUUCACUAUGUACAUGUUGUAGGUAAAUGUCUAACAGCAUCAUUCAACGACUACGAUUUAUAAUUGUGAUAAUGAAACGUAAAGCCACAACUAAUGAAAUAGCGACUGCAAAAAAACAUCAUUGGUCAGCUAAUUUACUUAAAUCAAUAGAGGAUCCUGAAUGUAAAAUCAGAGAAGAUGAUAAAAUAGUUGUUAUCAAAGAUAAAUAUCCUAAAGCGCAAUUUCAUUAUUUGGUUUUACCGAAGGAGGAUAUUCUUAAUAUAUGGCGUGUCAAAAAAGAACAUCAAGAUUUGUUAACAUAUAUGCAUGAUGUUGCAUGUGAUCUGACAAAAAACCAAACAGAACAUGAAUUCCUCAUAGGUUAUCAUGCGAUGCCAAGUAUGCAGAGACUGCACCUACAUGUAAUAAGCACGGAUUUUAAUAGUCCUUUUCUUAAAACUAAAUAUCAUUGGAACUCCUUUACGACACCAUUCUUUUUACAUUCGCAAGAUGUAUGCCGUCAGUUGCGCAUAGACGGCAAAAUCGAAAAGAUUUCUCCGCAGGUGUGUACAGACUAUCUGAACACAAAAUUGAAGUGUCACAAAUGUUCGACGCAGCCAAAAAAUAUGCCACAUUUAAAAAGACAUUUGUUAACACACAUUGGUAAAGCCAUGAAAAGCGUAUAA